CGCGCGUACCAAUAACCGUGACAGAUCGUGCUUGAGACCGGGAACCGGGACCGGGAGUGUAUUUAUCAUACAUUUAUUUCUGCCACGGCACCGGACUUCGUUGGCGGAUUAUCUCGGAGGAGCGAAAUUGGGAGUUUGUUUUCUUAUUUUGUGAUUCGUUCCAGUAAAAAUAUAAGCGCCGGAAACAAACCUGGAACAGACAUAUUCUAAUCGAUCAAAAGCAGCGUGGAGUGUGUACGCACGACAGGCGAGAAGAACUCUGUUGUUGGUUUUGUUUUGGUGAUUUAUUGCGCGAUCACCCGGUGACACCAGAUAUCUCGAAUCCGUGUGAAUGGGAAGGAGAUGAUCUGUUGUAGUAUGAAGAUCGUAAAUCGAUCACCGCAGAUGAAUCAAAGCAGGAAAAGAUGAACAGGUCAAUCGAUAAUGGUUAGUGGGUUCUCCUGAGAAUGGCUCCAACUGUGUACUCGCCUUUGGGGGAGUGAGUGAUCUUAUCGCAUCGGACUGCGAUCUUCGGAAAAAAUAAAUUUAAAUUUUGGACUCCGAGCGUUUCAACGGGAAACGCGGAGAAACCAAUUGGGACAGGAAAUCGUUCAUCAUUAUCUUCCCGAGAAGUGAGAUAGAGCAAAGAGAAAAAAAAUAAAACAAGAUCGGUGCUAGGCCGUCGAAGGUGUCAUGCCGAGGCGUUUUGUGUUCUGUUUGCCUCCUCUGAAACGCCACAAAUAAGGCUUAAAGAUAGUGCGAGCUCAGAAACACGAUACCUCCUUAUAAGUGAGUCAGUGUCUUAGAUGGAAACAAAACAAGAAAAAAAAAGUGCCUUAGUGCGUACCGGGUUUCGCAAAUCGUCAGUGGUUCCAAGUGAUAUUCGGAAAGAUCAGGCGUAAAGGAGCAUAUCUACCAACUAGUCGCGAUCAGUAGGAUCGAUGAUUAUAAGUUCGAAGUAAACGUGGAGCUGCCCAAAAAUACGAAAAGCAAUCAGAAGAGGGCCAGCCAGCAAAAAAAAGUGCUAAUUUAGUGGCUAAAGAUCAAACAUUGGGUUUUGAAAGCGUGUUUGCCAUUUAUUGGGUCUACCAAGAAGAAGAAAUAUUUGCCACUUUUUUACGCUCCACCACAGUUCGAACGUGCUACUGAAUUCGUUGCCCGUUUUUUACGCGAGGCCAUAUUUUUGCGACCGAUUGCGAUUUAGGGAAGUGGAAAUUGUCCUUCUUGGAAGUUGGGGCUUUUUUGGGGCAGGGAUCCCUUGAGCCAACUAAGAAAAAAAAGGAAGAAAAUGAUGAAGUAUGCUUCUGGAGCAGUCGGCAGCGGAGUUUGGCGGCAGCAGCUGUUAUGGUGGAUGCUGAGGCUGAAUCUGAUCUUUGGGUUGUUUCUGACUUGCUCGAUGGUUGCGCAAGCAGAAUCAAAAUUGCAAGGUCUCUACACACAUCACCUGGAAGACUCGGCCCAGUUGGUGGUUCCACGGAAAGUGAAUCACCGAGGCGAGUUUCUAUCGCAUCGAUUAGUACAUCAUCAUCAUCAACAACAACAACAGCAUCUAGAUCGCCAGAGGCCUAAUGAUGGGCAGCAUAGUUUAGAUUACGAUUCCCAGCAGGACUGGGAUCAGAAUAGGAUAGUUGAAGAUCUAGACAACAUCUACGGCCGUAGAGUUAAACGAUCAGCAAGUGCAGACAAUGCUGGAGAAGAAUUGGCAGAUCCCAAGAAACUACACUACCAUGUGGAUGUUGGGGAUCAAACGUUGCAUCUGGAACUAGAGCCGUCAACGGAAUCGUUCGUAGCACCAUUAAUGGUAGUGGAACGACAUCGGCGAGAUCUACGCACCAGAUCGCGCUCCAAGAAGCACAUCCACAGCUGUCACUACCAAGGGCACAUCCGAGGUCAUGAACAGUCCCGAGUUGCUCUAUCCGCCUGCCAAAAUGGUUUGACCGGCUUUUUGAGGACCAACAAAACCGAAUACUGGAUUGAACCUUCGAGGCAUCAUUCUCCUUCGGAUGAGGAAGGCCAUCCCCAUGUGCUGUUCAAGCGAGCCGACGUAAAGGAGGUCAAGGAUGUGCGUGCCAAGAAAACCAACCCCUCUCAAUCAGGCGGAGCCGCGAAAAAGAAGAAGAAGAAGCGAAAGCGACGCCAUACCAGUAACUGCGGAACGAAGGAACCUCGUCGGGUAACGGAAACCCGUCUCGAGUGGCAACAUCAAGGAAAGGUGAUUGUCCAGGGUGGUCGAAAAACUCGGGAUCAUCUUUCGGUUGGCGGAGGUGGAGGUGGGGGUGGCUCGGUUGCCGGAUCCGGUAAGAAACGCAUCAAACGUUCGGUGAGCACUCCUAGACACGUGGAAGCUCUCGUCGUGGCAGAUCCUUCCAUGGCUUUGUUUCACCAGGACGUGGAUCUACAGCAGUACCUGUUGACCAUCAUGAACAUGGUAUCCUCCCUGUACAAGGAUCCGACCAUUGGUAAUUCGGUUCAAGUUACAGUGGUUCGAAUCAUCAUUCUCGAGGAGGAAGAAGCACACGUCGACUUCAACGUUACCCACGUAGCGGCAAAUACGUUGGAAAACUUCUGCAGGUGGCAGCGUAAUUUGAAUCCCUCCGGAGAAGACGAUCCGCAUCAUCACGAUGUGGCGAUUUUGGUGACCCGCAAGAACAUCUGCUCAGCCCAGGGUUGUGCAACUCUGGGAGUAGCAAACGUGGGUGGAAUGUGUCGUCCAGAUAAGUCCUGCAGCGUGAACGAAGACAACGGCAUCACUUUGGCGCACACCAUCUCGCAUGAGCUGGGUCACAAGUAA